CCACAACCCCCUCAGAAAAACCAAUCUUUUUGUAUUAUAAGUCCAGUAGAGAAAAGAAUGGCCAUCAUUUCGUUUGAUCCUAGGCUUAAUGUUCAAGUUGAGCAGAAACAGAACAAUCAUGGUGUUGUUGUUGAUGAGAUUCAAGGGCUCAUCAAAGUUUACAAAGAUGGGCAUGUUGAAAGGCCUCCAAUCAUCCCAAGUGUCCCCUGCACCAUGGCACUGGAAGUUGGUAUGAUAGCAAGAGAUGUUGUUAUCGAUAAAAUGACCAACUCUUGGGGACGUAUUUAUGUCCCAAGCAACCGCGCUGCUAAGAUGCCUUUGAUUGUUUACUUCCAUGGAGGCGGAUUUUGUGUUGGCUCAGCUGCUUGGAGAUGCUACCAUGAGUUCCUUUCUUCACUUGCUUCCAGGGCAGGUUGCAUAAUCUUGACAGUGAACUACCGGCUAGCCCCAGAAAAUAGACUUCCUGCUGCUUAUGAGGAUGGUGUCCAUGCUCUCAUGUGGGUGAAAAACCAAGCUCUAAGCGGGUCUAAUGAGCAAAACUGGUGGAUAAGUCGCUGCAAUUUCUCCAACUUGUUCAUAGCAGGUGACAGUGCUGGUGCCAAUAUAGCUUACAAUGUAACCCUGAGGGUGGCAUCCGAUUCCGUUAAUAUCAAGCCUUUGCUUCUCAAGGGUACCAUCUUGAUUCAACCUUUCUUUGGAGGAGAGGCAAGAACUGCAUCAGAGAAGCAUUCUGCUCAGCCAGCUUCCUCAGCACUCACUCUAUCAGCUUCCGAUACAUAUUGGCGACUCUCUCUGCCUUUAGGGGUUAACCGUGACCAUCCCUGGUGCAAUCCGCUAGCAAAGGGCAGCGCUUCAAAGUUGCAUGAACAGAACCUUCAAGCAACAAUGGUUUGCAUAUCAGAGCUGGACAUCCUGAAGGAUAGGAACUUGGAAUUUUGCUCCGCCUUGGCUGGUGCUGGCAAAAGAGUGGAAACAAAGAUUUAUAAAGGAGUUGGUCAUGCAUUUCAGAUUCUGCAUAAUUACCAGUUAGCUCAAAUUCGGAUCAAUGAAAUGCUGUCACAUCUUCAGGCUUUCAUCAACCAGUAGUGCCUCCAUUACCAUGUUAAAAUUAGAUGUUUGUAUCCGCUGACUUCUGCCGUAAAAUUUGUAGCUAUAAUGUAAAAGGUGCCUUUUGUUACUAUUACAAUAAAAAAUAACUCCUCUU